UUACCCACAAUCCCCAAGUGCCACCGUGUCUCGGGCUGCUGAGUCUGUAUGUGUGUUCCCUGUAUGCUGCUUCCUUGUAUAUAGCGAGAUAAUACUACCUUCCCUUGAGCUGUGCCGCCAAGAUGGGAGGUUCGCAGAGUGUUCAGAUUCCAGGAGGAGGCACUGAAGGCUACCACGUGCUGAGGGUACAGGAAAAUUCACCUGGACAGAUUGCUGGACUUGAGGCAUUUUUUGACUUCAUAGUCUCUAUUGGAAAUACAAGACUAGAUCAGGAUAAUGAUACCCUGAAAGAGCUUUUAAAAGGAUCAAUUGAGAAGAAUCUCAAAAUGACAGUGUACAGUAGCAAGACUCAAACCAUUCGUACUGUCGAUAUUGUGCCAUCCAACCUGUGGGGCGGCCAGGGUCUGCUUGGUGUCUCUAUACGAUUUUGCUCAUUUGAAGGUGCCAAUGAAAAUGUUUGGCACAUAUUGGAUGUGGAGCCCAACUCUCCUGCUGACAUUGCUGGGCUUAAAGGAUUUAAAGACUAUAUCAUUGGUGCUGACUCUGUUCUGCAUGAGAGCGAAGACUUGUUCUCACUCAUAGAAGCCCAUGAAGGUCGUCCCCUCAAGCUGUAUGUGUACAAUGUGGAGACAGAUUCGUGCAGGGAAGUUACAGUGACGCCAGACACUCAGUGGGGAGGAUCUGGAAGCUUGGGGUGUGGCAUUGGAUAUGGAUACCUCCAUCGUAUUCCAACACAGAGAGGUGAAGUCAAAACUGACAUUUCAAAGGAAUCACCAAGUGGUAGCUCAGAUCCUGAACCUUUGUUGCAGGUGGCUACUGGAAAUGAUGUUGAAGCUCUUGCCUCCAGUGUGACAGGAAUAAAUGUUGGCGAGAGCACACCAGUAGUGGCAACUGCAGGCUCCACAAUUCCUCCACCCACUGCAUUUACCACAGCAUCUGCAACAGCAACGACUACUGCCACCCUCCCAGUUGUUCCUUCUGCGAUCCCCAACAUUCCUCCUCAUACCUCUUUCACACCCUCGUCACUACCUCCACCUUCAGAAAUACCUGCUAGUUUCACGACUCCAACAACACAUAUCACUACAGAAAUUCCAACACAGACUCCUCCCCAACCCCUUGUCCAGACUGCUGAAGUUCCCAUGCAUCCUCCUCCUCCAUCAGAUGUUUCUCCAUUGAACCCAGGUCUUCCUCCUCCACCUCUUUCUCAACCCAGUCCUUUGACCAUGGGUGGUGCUCCCACUGUCCCAAGUAUGCCUAGUUUGCCUCAGUCAUUAGGGAACCCUGAUCCCAGUGUUCCCAUGAUUCCAUUAUCUGGUGCUGCAGGCAUGCAGCCUAGUCCAGCUGUCAGUCAGUACUACUCGUCUCCAGUUGUCCCUCCACCGGCCUUUACUGCUCCGCCAGCAAUGCCAUCCAUUCCCGGCAUGCCGGUGACUACACCAAUAAAUCUGCCGGGAAUGCCUCCUAUUACAGUCAGUGCCACCUUACCACCUGAGUCAUUUCAAAACAUCUCGAGCAAUGCACAACCCUCAACGCAGCCCCAGCCUGUGCAGUAGAAGUGGCUUUCAAGAUCCACGUCAUCUUUUGAGAGGUGUAUAGAAAUAUAUUUACAGUUUCAUUACAUAGUCCUGUGAUCCAUAUUCCCUCAUUGCUGUAAAAUUAAUGUCUACUUUGUCAUGAAAAAACACUAUCAUGUUUCAUACACGUAUGUAAAAUAUAAGUUGAGAAUCCUUUGUUCAGAAUUCUAAAGUAUGAAAUCUCCAUGUCUUUGUAUGCUGAUAUUUGUUAUUCAUCCACAAUCCCAUAUAAUUAUGAUGAUUAGAGCUGUACAGUAACAUUAUGAAUGUUAUUAUAAUUUUUUAGACGAAAUAUCAUGGAUAUAUCAGUGCAGUGUGUUCUUUACAGAACUAACCUGUAAAGUUACAUAGGUGGGUAAAGAAGUUUGCAUUAUCUCUGUAUGCUGGUAGCCUCCAGAUGCAUCUCCUUUUUUCUUGCUGUCCCACCAUAAAUUUCAUAUACAGGUGCAGUGGAAACCAAGCUAAACAUAUAACCAUCUGACAAUCCUCAUUAAGUUACAAGUCUUUUUAUUAAUCAUAGUUUUAUCAAGUUUCUGUCCAGUGUGCUGUUCUAAGUUCUUGUAAAGCAGACAACAUUGUUUAGCAAUACAGUUUCAUCUAAUGUUUUAUUUAUGAUAGGUUUUUGUAAUGUAAAUCCAUUAUGAAUUGUGUGUGUGUGUACUCAAUAUCUGGGAAAACAAUUUAAAUUCAGAACAGUUGUAGUCCUGGUCAUUUUGAAUGAAGAAUUCUCAACUUAUUUUGAUGAAUUGAUUAAAUUCUGAAUAACACUUGUAGUAUUUAAAAAUAUGCUAAAAGGUAUUACCUAGAAAUUAUUGAUCAAAAUAUAAAGAUUGGGAAGCACUUGUUUUAUACUAACAAGUUUAUGACUUGCACUUGUACAUUAUUCCUUGAAUAUAUAUAUAUAUAUAUAUAUAUAUAUAUAUAUAUAUAUAUAUAUAUAUAUAUAUAUAUAUAUAUAUAUAUAUAUAUAUAUAUUUGAAAUUAUUGUUACAGGUAACCUCAUUUAUUUGUAAGCUAGUUUAUGCUGGUUGAUAAAUGUCAGUGCACAUUAAAGAAAAGCAUUGAGUAUUUUAAAUAUGGUAAUGCAUAGACAAGUUUAUUGGCUAUUAUAUAACACAAACAAAUUUCUUUAUUGACAGUAAGCAAUAUAUAAUUAUAUGAAAUUAGAAGCA